AAGCAGGAAGUGACUUCGGCGGUGGAGCCGGCGAACCGCAGCGGGGCUGAUGGCAGUGGAGUGGGGGCGUGAGAGGGCAGCCUAGGAGAGGCCGGUUCCCUGCCUGUCAUCGCAGAGCGGGGACUGACGACACGCUCAAGUCCAGAGGAGGCUCCCUGAGCAAACGCAACCGUAUCCAGCAUGCUCCGAGGCCACAGCGCUGUGUUCCAGGCCUUGCUGGGGACCCUCUUCACCUGGGGGCUGACGGCCGCCGGGGCGGCUCUCGUGUUCAUAUUCUCUAGUGGGCAGAGGCGGAUCCUAGAUGGAAGUCUUGGCUUCGCUGCAGGGGUCAUGUUGGCAGCCUCCUACUGGUCCCUCCUGGCCCCAGCGGUCGAGAUGGCCACGUCCUCCGGGGGCUUCGGUGCUUUUGCCUUCUUCCCCGUGGCGGUGGGCUUCACCCUCGGUGCUGCGUUCGUCUACUUGGCCGACGUCCUGAUGCCUCAGCUGGGCGCGGCGGAAGACCCCCACACGGCCCUGGCCCUGAACUUGGACCCCGCGUGGAUGAAGAAGUCUGAUGCCGAGAGUCCCCGGCUGCUCCUCCCUGCCAGCGAACUGUCCAUCCGGAUCGGGGGCGCGGGGCCCCUUCCAGACAAGAGCGAGAAUGGCGAGGCGUACCAGAGGAAGAGGGCGGCGGCCCCCGACCAGCCCGAGGGCCCCACCGUCCCUGCGUCUGCUCCGGGGACCUCGGCCCCGCCCAGCGGCAGCAGCUGGAGGAGGAUCACGCUGCUCAUCUUGGCCAUCACCAUCCACAACAUCCCAGAGGGCCUCGCUGUUGGCGUUGGGUUCGGAGCUGUGGAGAAGACGGCGUCCGCCACCUUUGAGAGCGCCAGGAACUUGGCCAUUGGAAUCGGGAUCCAGAACUUCCCAGAGGGCCUGGCGGUCAGCCUCCCCUUGCGCGGGGCUGGCUUCUCCACCUGGAGGGCCUUCUGGUACGGGCAGCUGAGCGGCAUGGUGGAGCCCCUGGCCGGGCUCUUUGGGGCCUUUGCCGUGGUUCUGGCCGAGCCCCUCCUGCCUUACGCUCUGGCCUUCGCUGCUGGCGCCAUGGUCUACGUGGUCAUGGACGACAUCAUCCCCGAGGCGCAGAUCAGAUCCUCCUCAGCCCCUCGCAGCCGUGCUGACACUGAAAGAAAGAGGAGUGACGGGCAGUGGGAACGGGAAGCUGGCGUCCUGGACCUCCAUCCUGGGGUUUGUGGUGAUGAUGUCACUGGACGUGGGCCUGGGCUAGCGCCGACCUGCUCCGACCCCAGGAGAGGCUGCGCGGGACCAGGCCCCCGCCUUCCCGCAGAACCUUCCGCUUUCUCUCCCUUUCACCUCCCCGCCCCGAUCGAUCCUGAUCAGACGACGACGAUUUGCGCUUUUCUUCCGAGGGAGGCACUGGUGUUAUUUUUGGACUUUCAAGGGGUCAGUGGGACCACGGACUUCCGGUUGGCCUCUGAGUGGGACUGCAGCUCAGGGAAGUCGCUGCUCUCGGACCUCCAGCCGCUCUCACCAGACUCCAGGCCAGUCCCCAAGGUCACCUGCGGGAGCCAGCUACCCAGAGAGAAGGCUCUAAGCAUGCGACUCGGAGCAGAACGGCCGGGGAAUUGCGACAACUGUGAACACAGGGAGCCCGUGAAGAGAAGAGGCUGUAGCUUUGGUCGGAGAGCUGUGUUCCAAGUGCACUGUGGUUGCCGUGGUUUCCAGUCCCCAUGACAUUCAUGUUGAUCAGUUUAUAGCCUUCGUUUUUCUAAGAGAUUUGGGACACCCGCCAACCGCUAGAACUCUAGCCCUUUGCGUGUGGACAGGGCCACUUAAGCUAAUUUGAGUGAAGGGAAGGCCUGUGGCCUCUGAGAUGAGUCCUUCUCUGCUGGCCAUUUGGUCACUGACCCAGAACUCCUGAGCUCGGUAAGCUUUGCUGGAGUGCGGCCGGAGCGCUUAGAACGAGAAAGGAAGGACAGGGGGAAAGGAGAGAUUUUUUUUACAUUUCCCUUUUAAAAGGAAGUGUUCAGCUAGUCAUCACUCUGACAUGACCCUAACCAAUGACUUGAACUAGUCUAGGAGCAAGUCUGUUCCUCCGUACGCACAGCUUCUCCAACAGGGGUGAGGACGUGGCUGCCUCGGGUGCAGCGAGGGCCGCCGUCCUCAUGGGUCACAGGAGCCCACAGGACCCUGGGGGACCCCUGCGGACACGGCAGGUGGCCCCGGAGCCUGGCGUCCAGGUGUCGUGUUGUCCACGCCUGCCCUGCCCUCUGUGUUUACAUGUCCGAUUGCUUCCGAGGGUGAAGGAAUGCCCAGAGGCCAGCCUUCCCGGGGGCCAAUCAAUGUCUGUUCUUCCGAAGCCCCGAUGAUCAAAACUGAAGGCACGUCCAGAGGUCUGAGGGGUCGCGAGGACGUGCUCUGGUGGUUGGGGUGUGUGUGUUUUGGUGUCUUUGUAUGGAGUUUUCUACACGAUGCUUCUUUCUGAUGGACAAGACCUCAUAACUGUGAUUCAUACCAAUAAAGCGGAUACUGUUGUGGACA